GUCGGGCUGCUGCGCGGGCGCAGAUCCUUCCGGCAGACAUUAGCAGUCAUGGCGGCCACGGCGGGCCUUUCCAGCCCGGCGGGGCCGGUAGACCGGGACGUCUUCGCCGAGGGGCUGCUGGAGUUCCUGCGGCCGGCCGUGGGGCAGCUGGACAGCCACGUCCACGCAGUCCGGGAGAGCCAGGUGGAGCUGCGGGAGCACAUCGACAGCCUGGCGGCAGAGCUCUGCCGGAUCAAUGAGGACCAGAAAGUUGCCCUGGAUUUGGAUCCCUACGUCAAGAAGUUGCUCAACGCCCGGCGGAGGGUCGUCCUGGUGAACAACAUCCUGCAGAACGCCCAGGUGCUUUGACGGGGCAGGGGACGAUGGGGAUUGGAGUCUGGCAGA